UUUUUUAUCGAAAGAAAUUUCCUUUUGCGAAAGCGGGUUCUUUACUUUGUGUAUGGUGUGCGUAGAGCUGUUCAGAACUGUCUCUGGCUUGGCUUAGUCCUUCUCGCUUGGCAUUUCUUGUUCGACAAGAAAGUACAGCGAGAGACAAAGAGUAGGUUUCUUCCUUACGUAACGAAGAUCUUGGUGUGUUUCUUGUUGAGCACUAUCUUGUGGUUGAUCAAGACACUAGUGGUUAAAGUUCUCGCCUCUUCGUUCCACGUCAGUACUUACUUUGAUCGGAUUCAAGAAGCCUUGUUUAAUCAGUACGUGAUCGAGACCUUGUCCGGUCCUCCUAUGAUUGAGAUGAGUAGGAUUGAGGAAGAGGAAGAGCGGGCGCAAGAUGAGAUCUUCAAGAUGCAGAACGCUGGUGCUAAUUUACCACCUGAUCUAUGCGCGGCUGCGUUUCCACCGGGAAAGAGUGGGAGAGUGAUGAACCCGAAGCUCUCACCAAUCAUCCCGAAAACAACAACUGAUAAUGGAAUCAGCAUGGAACACCUUCACAGGAUGAAUCACAAGAACAUCUCAGCUUGGAACAUGAAGAGGCUAAUGAAGAUUGUGAGAAAUGUUUCUCUCACCACAUUAGACGAACAAAUGCUUGAAAGCACAUACGAAGACGAAUCCACUCGACAGAUAAGGAGUGAAAAAGAAGCUAAAGCAGCUGCAAGGAAGAUUUUCAAGAACAUAUCUCAACGUGGCUCAAAGUACAUAUACCUGGAGGAUUUGAUGAGAUUUUUGCGGGAAGACGAGGCGAUGAAGACCAUGGGACUCUUCGAAGGUGCACCAGAGAACAAAAGGAUUAGCAAAUCAGCCUUGAAGAACUGGCUG